AAAAGGAUGAGCCCCCACUUAGCAAGGCUGGGCAGGAUGUAGUUUUGCAUCUGCCCACAGACGGGGUGAUCUUGGACGGCCGCGAGAGCACAGACGACCACGCCAUCAUCCAGUACGAGUGGACACUGCUGCAGGGCGACUCCUCAGUGGACAUGAAGGUGCCUCAAUCGGGAACCCUGAAGCUGUCCCACCUGCAGGAAGGAACGUACACCUUCCAGCUGACCGUGACCGAUACUGCCGGGCAGAGAAGCUCCGACAGCGUGUCGGUGAUGGUGCUUCCCACGGCCUACCCCACGGGAGGAUGCCUGCAUGUUUGCUCACGCUACCACUUCUUCUGCGACAAUGGCUGCUGCAUCGACAUCACGCUGGCUUGCGAUGGAGUGCAGCAGUGUCCUGAUGGGUCUGAUGAAGCUUUCUGUCAAAAUUUGGGCCUUGACCGCAAGGUGGUGACCCACACAGUGGCUAGUCCUGCCCAGCCAAGAACCACAGGACUGAGUGAAGAUGCAGGGAGAGAAUCCUUGUUGGAAAAGUCCCAGAAAGCCACUACCCCAAACCAGCCACCUCCAUUAUCAAACACAGAAAAGAAGAAUCAUUCCACCUUUUGGGGACCAGAGAGUCAAAUCAUUCCUGUGAUGCCAGAUAGUAGUUCCUCAGGGAAGAACAGAAAAGAGGAAAAUUAUAUUUUUGAGUCCAAGAGUGAUCGAGGAGGAGGGGAACACCCAGCCCCAGAAACAGGUGCAGUGUUACCCCUGGCACUGGGUUUGGCUAUCACUGCUUUGCUGCUUCUCAUGGUUGCUUGCCGACUACGACUGGUGAAACAGAAACUUAAAAAAGCUCGUCCCAUUACAUCUGAGGAAUCUGACUACCUCAUAAAUGGGAUGUAUCUAUAAUAAAUGUAAUUUAAGUAGCUUGGGGCAAGGACAUGUUUUACUUAUAACCUGUACAUAUAUUAGGUUCUGGAUAUUUACAACCUCUUUUGUUUUUAAUUGGGCUAGAAGAUUCUGCAACUCCCAAACCUUUGUCUUUAUUAUUUAUUGUAGAAAGAUUUUCCUUAGGAAGUAUGCAAAAUAGUUUGAAACUUAGGAAUUCAUAUGAUUAAAGAUUUUUACAAAUCUAAUUGUGAUUUACGCAGGCUGUCCCUGAAAAUAGAAAUUUGUAGUUAGCCAAGACAGAAAAUUCAGUAUCUCAUGUAGUCUUAGGAUGGCAGCAUUACUUUUUAGAAGCCAACUGUUGGCCCCUGGCAACACUGGACCACUUUAGGCACAGCUUCCCCUUGUUCUGUGACCCUAUUUCUCCUCUAAGCUUCCAAUGCUCGUUUUUCUUUUCCCCUUCUAAACCUAUUUCUGAGAAUGGAUCUCAAGUGAGUUUAUACUUCAAUGAGAUAUUACCUUUGACAGGUAUAUCCAGAUUAUCAACCUUAUGAAUAGAUCAACGAGGCCUCAGAGAAGAUGAGUGCAGGUCCUCCCACCCAAGCCUUUGACAUCAUGUCUUGUUCAUGGCUGCCUCCUUAAGCUGAUCUUUAGGAGUAAAAACUCAGACUUUUGAUUACAAGCAGCUCUAAUAGAGUCAUGAUGUGAGAUAAGGAAUCGAGGUGGAAGCAGAGAACCACCUGGCGGGCCAAAAGUUUUAACAAAAACUUGGCUAAGGGCAAAGUGAGCAAGGAGGAUGUUAGCGCUUUGUUGUAUCUGCUCAACACUGCUCCACGGUCCAGAACACAGCAACUCACAUCAACAGUCACUGGUUUUCAACAUUAAUCUUUCUUGAUAAAGAGAAAAAUGCAAAUUGAAAAGCAGAACAGGAAUGGAUUUCCAGGUACAGCUUUUGUAAAAAUGUUACCUUGUUUAAGUAUCAGCAGGUUAUUUCAUCCAAUGGAAUGAGCCAGGUUUUUUUUCAUUAUUUUUUACUUCUAUAAAAUGUUAUAAUGUGCAAUCGGCGAAUGCCAGGCUUUUGUAUUUCUAGAGCAUAAAGCAGUUUUGCACAAAUUCAUUUUUAUAGAAAAUUGGCAUCCAGCUUAUUAGCAUCUUUCCCUUUUUAAUUUGUGGGCUUUUAAAUCAAAUUAUUCCCAUAAUCACUUAAUGUCAGAAUUAUACACAUUCUAGAAAUUAUCCUACUGAAAGAAAUGUAUAGUGUGGUACCUGUCUACACUCACAUGAUUUUCCUAUUUAUGUAAUGGUUUUUUUUUUUUUUUUUUUUUUUUUUUUUUACACAAGUGGCAGAUCUUUUAAAACUCUUGAAAAACACUCCGGAGUCUAAUUACACUCUUUUUAGACUGAACCUAAGGUAGAUUAUUCCUUUAGCAAACGGCUUGAUCUGGUGGAUACAAUGUUAUCAAAAUACAUUAACAAAUGGAAAGUUUGUUCUAGUUCUAGCAAAACAGAGAAAUUAGGUAUUUUUGUUUCCUAACAAACUCCAGCAUUUUGUUGAAUGUUUAGAAUUGAGCAAAGAUUUAAAUUUCUCAAGGGCAGUUUAGAGAAAUGAAUUGUGUGAAUGAACUUAUGAUGUUUGUACUCUGUAUGUGAUGCUGUGCGGUUUGUUUUUAUAUAGGAGGAUGUCACCUAUAGCCAUACCCAAUAAAAUUAAAAUUCAUGAGGCAUGCAUCUUUCUGCACAUCUUUUAUAUGUGAAGAGUUAAACACAAUUUAGUCUUGCUAUGGUGUUCAAAUACUUAAGAUGUCCCAUAUGUAUGUAAACAAUAUUCCUUUAAUAAAUUGUACUUUAUUCUUAA